GAGGAGAUGGAACUGCACUCGACCGGGAUGCGGGCUGCUCAGCAAAUAAAGCCGUCGUCCCCUCGGCUGCGAGGCUUUGCUUUUAACUUGCCGGUGACACUAGGGUUGGAGGGUUUCCGGCCGGAGGCCAUUAGCUAGGACACCCGGAAGGCGGAAGUCCUAGAACGGAAGUGGUCGAGAGGAACGGAGAAUGGCGGCUGAAGGCUGUAUUUGGCGCUGGGGCUGGGGCCGGCGGUGCCUGGGGAGGCCUGGGCUUCCCGGCCCCGGCCCUGGCCCCACGACACCUCUACUUCUUCUCCUGUUGCUGGGGCCGGUGGCUGCCGAUAUAACUGAUGGCAACAGUGAACACCUCAAGCGGGAACAUUCGCUUAUCAAGCCCUACCAAGGGGUCGGUUCCAGCUCCAUGCCCCUCUGGGAUUUCCAAGGCAGUACUAUACUCACGAGCCAGUACGUGCGUCUGACCCCUGAUGAGCGCAGCAAAGAGGGCUCUAUCUGGAACCAUCAGCCUUGCUUCCUCAAGGACUGGGAGAUGCACGUCCACUUCAAGGUCCACGGUUCCGGGAAGAAGAAUCUCCAUGGAGAUGGCAUCGCCUUGUGGUACACCCGGGAUCGCCUCGUGCCAGGGCCUGUGUUUGGGAGCAAAGACAACUUCCAUGGCUUAGCCAUCUUUCUGGACACGUACCCCAAUGAUGAGACCACGGAGCGCGUGUUCCCGUACAUCUCGGUGAUGGUGAACAAUGGCUCCCUGUCCUACGACCAUAGCAAGGAUGGCCGCUGGACCGAGCUGGCCGGCUGCACGGCCGACUUCCGCAACCGCGACCACGACACCUUCCUGGCUGUGCGCUACUCCCGGGGCCGUCUGACGGUGAUGACCGACCUGGAGGACAAGAACGAGUGGAAGAACUGCAUUGACAUCACGGGCGUGCGCCUGCCCACCGGCUACUACUUCGGGGCGUCGGCCGGCACCGGGGACCUGUCUGACAAUCACGACAUUAUCUCCAUGAAGCUGUUCCAGCUGAUGGUGGAGCACACUCCCGAGGAGGAGAACAUCGACUGGACCAAGAUCGAGCCCAGCGUCAACUUCCUCAAGUCGCCCAAAGACAACGUGGAUGACCCGACAGGGAACUUCCGCGGCGGGCCCCUGACGGGCUGGCGGGUGUUCCUGCUGCUGCUGUGCGCGCUGCUCGGCAUCAUCGUGUGCGCCGUGGUGGGCGCCGUGGUGUUCCAGAAGCGGCAGGACCGCAACAAGCGUUUCUACUGAGCCGGCGCUCGGCCCGGGGCUGGCCUCGGCCCCGGCACCAGUGUGAACUUUUCUUUUUACUGGGAUUGUGAAAGAGCAACAAGACGACCUUAUUUCUUAACAGUUUCAAAGAAAUAGUUGAAGUAUUUUCGUACAUUUUGCUCCUUGCCCAGCAGGGACAGGCUGCAGGCCUGCGGGAAUAAGGGUUUGGCGUCCCCACAAAACAGCAGCCUUUGCUGGGUGUCAGCAUCUCAGGAGCCGGGGGUCUGUAUCUGGAGCGGGACUGAGGCCCUGGUGGUGGCUGUUGACACGGGAGGCCCCACAGCCACACGGGGUGAACGCCUAAGGACAUGAGCAGUGACUUUGUUCCCAUCUGUGCUGCGUGUGUGGCAGAAGACAGGCCCCCUGGGAAGUUCGGCCUCUGCGUCACCUCUGUGCGUCCUCUCGAGGCAGACCCUCCAAGGGAUGCUGGAGGAGCCGUUGGUGGGGCCCGGAGUUUGCUAAAUAAAGUGACAUAGCUACCCUC